ACCACCUCUCCUCUUCAGUUCUCUCCUCUCCUCCUCCACAUCUAUCUAACACGUCCAUCGUCACUAUCACCGAGUUUGAUCUCGAGCGCACUGCGGUAUUGCUCAUCUGGCUCAAUUCUCGCGCAUUGUCGUUGUCCAGCUAUCACGGGACACCUCCUACGCAACUCCGCAUUUUGCGACAAACCUUUUGCGCCUACUACAAAACCCCUCCAAAUCAAUCAUCAUGACCUCCUUCAUCGAUUAUUCUAAGAACACCAGGUCGAAGAAUUACCAUGGAUCCGGCUCAUUUGCAACCUUUAUGAUCAUCGCUCCUGUGUGCUUCUUCCUGGGCAUCCUUUUUGCCUCAUUCCCUUACGACUUCCCUCUUCUAUGGACCAAGGCUCCUGUGCCCGAUAACUUCUUUGAUCACCUCGAAACACAUCUGAAGUUUGUACACCAGUCUCCGGCGCUCAUUAGCCGUAUCCUCCACAUUGUCAUCUCUAUCGGCUUCAUCGGUUUCUUUAUUAAGCUCUUCCGCCCCAGUGAGGCCAACUUCCUGUUUGACGGCGCGUCCCUCAUUCUUUACCUGAUUGGUUUCGGUGUCUACGUCGCCAACAUUGUCAAGGCUCUCCGAAGUGUUAGUGCCGAGAUCUGGACCAACGACGGCUUCGAUGGCAAGACUCACGAGGGUGAGAGCGGCGAGCUUAUUCUUGGUCGUGAGGACAGCUUGAAGGUUCUUUCGGCCAGCAAUACCAUUCUUGCCCUUGUUCUUGUUGGCAUUCUCGUUCUGCAAGUCGGCGAGUGGUAUGCCGAGAAGAAGGAGGCUGAUGACGCCGCCGCUGUCGAUGCCAAGGAGGCCUCUGAAAAGAAGGAGGGUUCCCCUAGCAAGGCCUCCACCAAGAAGAAGCAGUAAAAUGCUCUUUCAGUGUAGCAUCGCAAUGUCAGGGUUAACGACUUGUGGGUUCGGGUGGUUAUUUAGAUAAGUGCGUUCAUUGCACACAAAUGCACUAGUCACUGUAUAACUUGUAAAUUAUUUAAUCGACAUCCCGUGUGCUUCCCCA